UUCUGUUCAGGAACUACCAAGAAAUUUUGGAAAUCCUUAAUUGUCAAGUAAUUGCUUCUGGAACAGAGGAUCCGUUACUUUGAAGUUUGAAUUGAAGGUCACGAAUUUAAUCUCUAUUUGUUUGAGAAUCUAUCAAAGAAUUGCAGUUUUUGGUGAUUCUGAUUUCGCCGCCAUAGAUUUUGAUUUUGAUUGGGGAUCAUGUGACGAACAGUCUCAAACGAUGACGAAGAACCUGAAUAGUAGACCUCCGACGGAGCUGCUUGACCUUGAUUCCCUUCUCCAGACCAGUAGCGACGAUGAAAGCGAUGACCUCCAUGGUAUCCAUCUUCGCACUGUCGAUGAAAUCCUCAACGACUCCGAUUCUUCUUCUUCUCCUUCUUCUCCUUCAUCUCCAUCUUCAUUUACUAGUGCCGUCCUCCGACGCAGGCUCUUCUCUGAUCUCUCCUCCGAUAAAAAUUCCAUUUCUGUCACUAAAGACGACAACCCUUCUCACGAAGAAGAAGAAGACGACGCCGCUUCGGUAAGUAGUCCUGAAGUUGAUAUCCUUUCAGCCUCUCAAAUUUCCACAGUUCAUCAAGUCCCAAAGUCUCCAGAAUCGGAAACCCUUAAUUCAGUGGACGCAUCUAAGAUCACCCCUCUCAGUAGGAGGAAACCUGGGGAAUUGCUUGCUAAUUCCUCCUUAGGGCGUAAUAAUGGUAGUGCAACUCGUCCCUUCCCUUCCUUGUUCGGAGGUGUUAAACCCAAUCCCAAGCCUGGAGCCGCUCUUGCAGCUGCUGCUGCAGCUUCACGCUCCAUCCCAACUCCCCAUGCUGCUGCCAUCAAGUCGAGAAGAGCGAGUAGUGGCAUUCUUGAGACGGUUCUACAUACGGAAGGGCAACAACUGGGUCUUCCGGUUGGUGAUCCCGGGAUGGGGUUAGAUAGAAGUCUCGAUUUUGAAUCGUCAGUUCAUUCAGUCGAUGAUGUUUCCAAUGGUAAUGGAUCCGGAAUUGCACAGUUGGAUGAGAAAUUCAUUCAGGAAAAUGAGGGAUUCGUAGUCUCUCAAUCUUUUGUGGCAGAAAAGAUGGGCGCAGAAGAAGGUGAGGCUGCAGAAAUCUCGCAUGGGAUCAAUGGAAAGAUGGUUGCAGAAGAGAGGCCUAUGGAACUACUGCAUGCUCCUGAAUCGGAUGGGGUUGGGUUACAUUCUGAGGAAAAUUUAUCAAAUUCUACUUCUUCAAAUGUUACAGCCUUUGUUGAACCACGGAUCACUUCUUCCCCUAGGGAGGGAGAGGCUUCUAAGCUGGAGGAGAACUCUACUAUUUCCAGUCCAAUAGAUGUUAACCAAGCAAACAUUACUUAUGUUGAAGAGGAGAGUGCUCAUACUCUGGAGGUGGAUAUUUGUCUUUCAUCCUCUUCUUCUGAGAAGUAUAAUCCUUCUUCCACUAGGUAUGAAAUGGUUAGCAAGCUUGGGGAGGAUGUGAUGCCUUCAGAAUUAGAGAAUGUCGAGAAGAGCAUAUCAGCUGACACCAAACAUGGAGAAGUUGUUUUUGCUGCGGAGGACACCAGUUCCAGAAGUGACAUGACUGAGCUUGUUGAAGACGGAACUUUUCACCUGGAGAACAAGAAGGGGAGCAAAAGAACAGGAAAGAAAUCACGGUUAUCUAAGAAGCCACUGGAAUUAGCUGAAGAACUCGAGAAAAAACAUGCAUCUUCUGGUUUGCACUGGGAAGAGGGUGCUGCUGCCCAGCCAAUGAGACUUGAAGGUAUCCGAAGGGGGCCACCUGCUGUUGGAUAUUUGCAAAUUGACCCCAACAAUGCAAUUACCCGAGCCAUUCAAUCACAAGUAUUCAAGCGUGAACAUGGCUCCCCACAAGUCCUGGCCAUUCAUGCCAACUUCAUUGCGGUGGGCUUGUCAAGGGGGUUUGUCAUUGUUGUGCCCAGUAAAUAUUCUGCUCAUACUGCUGAUAAUAUGGAUGCUAAGAUGUUGAUGCUUGGUUCUCAAGGUGACAAGUCUCUUUCUCCAGUAACUUCCAUGUGCUUCAAUCAUUUGGGAGACCUGCUUUUAGUAGGAUAUGGUGAUGGUCAUGUGGCAGUUUGGGAUGUCCAGAGGGAAGUGGCAAUGAAAGUAAUUAGUGGGUUGCAUUCAGCACCAGUGGUUCAUACACUGUUUCUAGGGCAAGAUUCUCAAGUUACACGACAGUUCAAAGUAGUUACCGGUGAUUCUAAAGGGCUUGUUCUGUUGCAUGCUUUUUCGGUGGUACCCUUGUUCAAUAGGGUUACAAUCAAGACACAGUGUCUUCUUGAUGGGCAAAAAACAGGGACUGUUCUUUCUGCUUCUCCUCUUCUGAUUGAUGAUUCUUUUGGAGGUUCUGUGACAUCUGCCUUUGGAAACUCUGUGGCUUCUAGCAAUGGUAUCGGUAGCAUGGUGGGAGGUGUCGUUGGAGGUGUUGUUGGAGGAGAUGCUGGUUGGAAACUCUUUAGUGAAGGGUCUUCUUUGGUCGAAGAAGGUGUGGUCAUAUUUGUCACACAUCAAACGGCUCUGGUGGUUAGGCUUAGUCCUGGUUUGGAAGUCUAUGCACAACUUUCUAGGCCUGAUGGUGUCCGGGAAGGUUCCAUGCCAUACACUGCAUGGAAAUACAUGAAACAAUCCCGUGGUUCCUCCACUGAAGAUGUGCCCGGGGAGAUAUUGGAAAGAGCUUCGUUGCUUGCAAUUGCAUGGGAUCGGAAAGUCCAAGUAUCAAAGUUGGUUAAGUCAGAGUUAAAAGUAUAUAGGGAAUGGACUCUUGAUAGUACCGCAAUUGGAGUACAGUGGUUGGAUGAUCAGAUGUUGGUAGUUCUAACGUUGAGAGGACAACUCUGUUUGUUUGCAAAGGAAGGGACUGAGCUUCACCGAACAAGUUUUGCAGUAGAUGAUUCCAGAGUAGAUGAUCUCAUAACAUAUCAUACUCACUUUUCAAAUAUUUUUGGGAACCCUGAGAAGGCUUAUCAUAAUUGUGUAGCUGUACGAGGAGCUACAAUAUACAUUCUUGGGCCUAUGCAUCUUGUGGUUUCUCGUCUUCUCCCAUGGAAGGAGCGUAUUCAGGUUUUGCGAAGGGCAGGUGACUGGAUGGGUGCAUUGGACAUGUCAAUGAGGCUCUAUGAUGGUCAUGCACAUGGUGUUAUUGAUCUCCCUCGAGCCCCAGAUGCAAUACGAGAAACCAUAAUGCCUUAUCUGGUAGAAUUGCUUUUAUCCUAUGUUGAUGAAGUUUUUUCUUAUAUUUCUGUGGCAUUCUGCAACCAACUUGGAAAGGUCGAAGAAGUUGAUGAACCAAAGAGUAGAAGUAUUUCUGUCCAUUCUGAGAUGGAAGAGCAAUUUGCCCGUGUCGGUGGUGUUGCAGUAGAAUUCUGUGUCCAUAUCAAAAGGACUGAUAUCCUUUUCGAUGACAUCUUCUCCAAAUUUGUGGCUGUUCAACAUGGAGGUACAUUCUUGGAGCUUUUGGAGCCAUAUAUAUUGAAGGAUAUGCUUGGAUUUCUACCCCCUGAGAUAAUGCAAGCGCUGGUAGAGCAUUACAGCCGCAAAGGAUGGUUGCAACGUGUUGAACAGUGCGUUCUUCACAUGGACAUUUCUUCCUUGGAUUUCAACCAGGUGGUCAAGUUGUGCCGAGAGCACGGGUUAUACGGUGCCCUUAUAUAUCUUUUCAACAGAGGUUUAGAUGAUUUUCGGGCACCUUUAGAGGAACUCUUGAUGGUUGUGCAAAAUAGCCAGAUGGAAAAUGCAGUUGCUAUAGGAUAUAGGAUGCUUGUUUAUCUGAAGUAUUGCUUUUCAGGUCUUGCUUUUCCUCCAGGUCAUGGAACCAUUCCUUCCGCUCGUUUGCCAUCACUUAGGGCAGAACUUGUGCAGUUUCUGCUGGAGGAUGCUAAUGCCCCCAAUUUGCAAGUUUCAUCAACCAUCAAAUCAUCCACUGGAGGCUUCCCGAACCUGUAUCAUCUCUUAUUAUUGGAUACUGAAGCAACUUUGGAAGUACUGAGUUGUGCUUUUGUACAGGAAGAAGUUCCGAUAUCUGACCAUUCUUUGCAUGGCUUGGUCAACAAUAAUGUGCAGGAUGGCAUUAAGGAUAAUGAGGACAACAAUGGAAAGAUUGAAAAUCCAAAUAUGAUGGUCCAGAAUACCAUUAACACCCUUAUUCAUAUUCUUGAUCUGGAAAAAUCUGAAGUGGAAAGGUUUUCUAGCAUAGAUGAUGCUGGAUCCCAAGAAAUAUGGCCUUCAAAGAAAGACAUGGGCCAUUUACUAGAGUUUAUUGCUUAUUUUGUAGCGUGUAAAAGUGCUGUGGUCUCAAAGAAUGUAUUGAAUCAUAUUUUUGAGUUCUUGACAUUAGAUGACAAUAUCUCACCAAGUGUUCCUGGUCAAAAAACUGAAAUUUCUAAAAGAAGAGAGAAACAGGUGCUUGCCCUUCUGAAAGUGUUACCUGAAACAGACUGGAGUUCAUCGUUUGUGUUACAUCUAUGUGAAAAGGCACAAUUUUACCAGGUUUGCGGCUUAAUACAUGCUAGCAGGGGCCAGUAUCUUGCAGCUUUAGAUAGCUAUAUGAAAGAUAUAGAUGAACCUGUUCAUGCCUUUUCCUUUAUCAAUAUCACGUUGCUACAGUUGGGGGACACUGAAUCUGCUGAUUUCCGGUCAGCAGUUAUUUCUCGAAUUCCUGAGCUGGUUAACUUAAGCAGAGAGGGGACUUUCUUUUUGGUUGUUGACCAUUUCAAUAAAGAAAGCAUUAAUAUCCUGUCUGAACUCCGCUCUCAUCCAAAAAGCCUUUUUCUUUAUUUAAAGACAACUGUUGAUGUUCAUUUGUAUGGCACACUUGAUUUUUCUUCUUUGGAGAAAGGAGGUCAGCUGGAUCUCCCGAAUGGAAGAAGGAUAAAGGAUCAGUCAAAUGAAGUUGAAGCGUAUUUGGCAAGGAUCUCUGAAUUCCCAAAGCUUCUACGUCAUGAUCCUGUAAAUGUAACUGAUGAAAUUAUUGAACUUUAUCUUGAGCUGUUGUGCCAGUAUGAGCGCAAUUCAGUUCUCAGGUUCUUGGAAACUUUUGAAAGCUAUAGGGUGGAGCAUUGUCUACGUUUAUGCCAGGAAUAUGGGGUUAUAGAUGCAGCUGCCUUCUUACUGGAAAGAGUGGGUGAUGUUGGGAAUGCUUUAUCACUUACUCUGUCUUGCAUCAAUGAAAAAUUCAUCAUGCUUAGUGCUGCUGUUGAAAGGACAUUAUCUGAUGUGCCUUCAAGUGGAUUUACUGAGAUGGAUCUUCUCAACACUUUUAGAAGGGUGAAGGAGGUGGAUGUUAUACGUGAUAUAUUGCAUUCCUCUAUUGGAUUAUGCCAGCGGAACACACACCGCUUGGACAUUGAAGAGUCAGAAUCCCUCUGGUUCCAGCUUCUGGACUCGUUUUGUGGACCUUUAAAAGAUUCUUGUGAUGAUAAAAUUGUCGUUGAAGGAAAUCCCACUGGCAUGCUAUCAUCAUCAUUGUUUGGUAUGCAAGAGGAUAAAGAUGUUUUGAAUACUUGGAGGAUCUCAAAAUCCAAAAGAAGUGCUCAUAUUUUACGGAGAGUGUUUUCUCAGUUCAUCAGGAUGAUUGUUGAUGGAAUGAUUGGAUAUGUACGCCUUCCAAGAAUCAUGGCUAAACUCCUUUCUGACAAUGGUAGCCAGGAGUUUGGUGAUUUUAAACUCACAAUAUUGGGAAUGCUGGGCACAUACAGCUUUGAGAGAAGAAUUCUGGACACGGCCAAAUCCUUGAUUGAGGAUGAUACAUUCUAUACUAUGAGUCUACUUAAGAAGGGGGCUUCCCAUGGAUAUGCCCCACAGAAUCUCAUAUGCUGUAUAUGCAGCUCCCUUCUUACCAAGGGGAAAAGUGAUUCAAGCAUUCGAGUGUUCAGUUGUGGUCAUGCAACCCAUCUCCAAUGUGAAUUUCAUGAAAACAAGGCAUUGAACAAGGGUGUCUUGGUUGGAUGCCCUGUUUGUGUGCCUGAGAAGAACGAAAGAUCCAGAAGUAAAUCAGUCUUUUCAGAUAAUGGGCUGGUCAAUAAUUAUUUAUUGAGAAAUCAACAAGCACAAAGGACUAUUCCUCAUCACUCACAUGAGCCAGAGGGAUUGGAGAAACCUUAUGGGCUCCAGCAAAUUUCUCGGUUUGAAAUCUUGAGUAGUCUUCAGAUUGCCCAGAAGACUCUCCAAAUAGAAUACUUGCCUCCAUUGAAGCUUGCACCACCUGCUAUCUAUCAUGAGAAGGUACAGAAAGGAACUGAUGUUUUAAGUGGAGAAAGUAGCAGCACUCCAGCAAAAAGUGAAAAACCAAGUAAAAAUAAGCAACUAAGGGAGCUGAAGAUGAAGGGGUCAUCAAUUCAGUUCCCCUUGAAAUCUAGUAUAUUUGGAAAUGAGAAGAUGAGAAGGGGAUAAUACAAAGGUGUAAAGAUUUGACAACUAUACUUGAAGAAAUAAUUAAUGUAGCCGCAUUGGGGCUUGUAUGACCACAUUAAUUCCUUUUUUUUUUUCUGUGGGGGGGUGGGGAAGGAGGGUUAACAUAGUUGUCUCAUUUAAUGUAGCAUUACAUGUUAGACGUAGCUGUUCUGUAAUUGUUCUGUAUAAAAUUGAGGGCAAAGGCAGUUGUAGAGAAAUGAGAAUCAAAUCAAUGUAUCAAUGAGUUUUCUUGUUUUGUUUAAUAUACAGUUUUGUAAACCAAUUUUCCCAUUCUGUAAAUGGUGAUACAGUAAACUUUAACUAAACAUUUUGGAGCAUCAGCAACCCCUGUAGUUAGUAAACAGAAAAUUGGAUAUGGCAAUAGAAUUUAUUGCAGUUAAAUGAUA